AUGCGGCUCAUCUUAUGUCUGUUUUACGCAUUGCUCUUGUCCGGGGUAACGCAGGCGUCGGCACCGUACAUAUACGACGGCGGUUUUGGCAUGCUGAUUGUUGGGAGCCACCACCUCAACGAGACAAUGCAUUUUCCCGAAGACAUGGCAACAGAAGUGCGGCGGCAGUACGCGCUGGUUGGUGUGAGGAGGGGCCGGCGCUACAUAAUCCACAUGUCGUACCUGGGCUCGCCGUCAAUCCAGUACAGCAUCCACGUGAGUCGCCUCCCACGGCCCGUUGUGGAGCAGCAGGUGUUGGGCAUUGGGAAGCAGCAUGAGGAACACAUCCCUGGACGGCGGCAGCUUUCAGAUGUGGCGGGACUCACAUUUGAUGCCCGCCUGGAAGAACCGCUUUUUGCGUAUGUUGAUGGAGAAGGCACCGUCGACAAUGGCUACGUGGAUGCAGCUCUGGAUGACUAUGUGCCUGUUGUUGAGGUCCGCGGCAAGCGCAACGCGUUUCCGGCGCGUCCGGAGCGAUGGCGUCGGUUCUCCUACAACAUACGCGUCGACAUGGUGGGCGACGGUGAGGGGCUCGACCGCGUCGUUGCCGCCCACGUUGCGAUCGUGAUCGCCAUGAUAGCCGGUGCGCUCCUCUUCGUUCCGAGACUGAUCACCGCUAUUGCCGGAAAUGCGCCGACGCCACGGCCGCGUCGUGACUUCAUUCUCUUUCUGCUGGAGCGGUGA